UUGAAGAUCUGAUUUGGGAUUUUAAAAUGAGUUUUACAGGCCAAGACUUGUUUGGACAAGCUCUUGAAGAUGCCUUGGAGGUGUUACAGCAACAUUCUGAUGGUACCAAUAAUUACAUGCCAGGAGACUAUAAAAAUUAUCUGACUUGCCAUCACAAUCUUUUCCAAACAAAUAUGAAUAACUUGCCUGAGUCUUCCACUGAAGAAACAACAUAUAACUGGAAUAAUAAAACAAAUGACACAGACUUGUAUUCAGAUGGAGCUAGCUAUUGUACCCUGCAGACCAUUCCAGAAACCCAAAAGAUGUAUACUACAGCUCUCCAGCAAAAAAACAACAGAGGUCGGAAAAGACUGCGACUGUUUGAAUAUAUUCUUGAGUCUCUUCAUAAUCCAGACAUGGCAAACUGUAUCCAAUGGAUAGAUAAAGCCAAUGGUGUCUUUCAGUUCAUUUCCAAAAACAAGGAGAAAUUGGCAGAAAGGUGGGGGGAAUGCAAGGGAAACCGAAAAGUCAUGACUUACCAGAAAAUGGCAAGAGCACUGAGGAAUUAUGGGAGAACAGGAGAAAUAAUUAAAAUUCGAAGAAAGCUGACUUACCAGUUUGGUGCUGUGGUUUUGCAAAAGCUUUCUCCAGCCUGCUUUUCAGAAAAAGUUGGGAACAUUGAUGAUCAAUUUGCUAAAGCUGAACAGGAAUGCCUGUAUGCAGCUGACUGGCUGGCUUAUCAAUAUUGCAGAAGCCGAAAAGGUUGUGAACUACAACAGGACAGCAGCCUUACAAGUUCCUUCUACUAUGAACCUUAGUAGAAGAAAUGUUUUCUUCAUGAUGCAUCCCCACACAGACUUAUGUGGAAUGAUUGACUCACCAGAAACAUAAGAGAGCUGCCAGAUUCACCUAACGGCUUUUCAGGCUCAUCUGGAGCGGUCUACAAAAAGAAUUGCGGGGAGUAAACUCUACUGAACUUCUGAGUAGACACCUAGAGAGUUGCACUGCCUAGCGGGAAUCUCAUGCUUAAUUGCACCAAGUCUUACUGAAUGAAAGGGCUCGCUUCUGAGCAGUCAUGCAUAGUAUGGGACUUCAUCCUCUACCAAAAAAAAAAAAAAAAAAGGAUGGGAAGACAGGGAAAGCUGUAUAAACCUCCUGAUGUUAACACAACUGGUGUAGAAGGAACUCCAUUUAUUUCAGUGAAUUUUCUCUAUCUUAUAAUUGUUUCUUUAGAAGGAAAUUUACUGAACUUAAUCCUGCUUGGCUGCUUUUAGUAUUGCAGUCUUAACAAUAAUGGUUAGAGGUAUAAUAUAAAUAAAUGUAAUAUAAAUAUAAAUGGGUAGUAAAACACAUGCUUGUUAAGCUUUCUGAAUUUUGUUAUCCCUAAAAUAUAUUAAGAAUGACUAGCUUCUGUCUCCUCAAUGACUUUAUAACUUCAUUUAAGUCUUAAAUUCUGUACUACAUGUAAGUGCAAUUUUGUUUAUGUUCAUUCCAGGUUUUUUAGCUGUCCUUUGAAGAAAUCUACACAUAACACAUACAUUAUAUGGAACGUUAUUCUAUGUAAUAUUUACCAAGAUUCAAUAACCUAAAACAAUUUUUCACGAACACAAUUGAAUGGUAGCUCAAAACCCUCAGAAU